AUGGGAUUAUUAACAAUUAUUAAGAAGCAAAAGCAAAAGGAUAAUGAGAUACGAAUAUUAACAUUGGGGUUAGAUAAUGCUGGUAAAACAACAAUUAUUAAACAGAUGUUAGGAGAAGAUACAGAAGCCAUAAGUCCAACAAUGGGAUUUGCUAUAAAUACAUUAAAUUAUGCCAAUUAUACCUUAAAUUUUUGGGAUGUUGGUGGUCAACAAAGUUUAAGAACUUUUUGGGGUAAUUAUUUUGAUAAAACUGAUUUAGUGAUGUGGGUAAUUGAUGGGUUAAGUAUUGAAAGAUUAAAUGAAUCAUAUCAAGAAUUAAGACAAAAGGUGAUUUUACAAGAUCGAUUAUUUGGUAUUUAUUUAAUAGUUGUUAUUAAUAAAAUUGAUUUAAUUAAACAGGAAGAUUGGCAAUUAUUAAAACAAAGAAUAACCAAUGAAUUAAAUUUAAAUCAACAAAUCCCUGAAAAGGAGAAAUGGAAAGUUCAAUUAGUUAGUGGGAAAUCUGGUUAUGGUAUUAAUGAAAUAUUAGAUUGGAUAAUUAGUAGAGAAUAUUAG